ACGACAACACCUAGCCAAGGUACAGCAUAAAUUUAGCCACGCCCACCCAGCUCUGACCAGCCCAGCAGGAACACCCGCGCCUACAAGCGCACAUACACGUACACACGCGCGUGCACCCGCACACACACAUACACAUACGCGUACACACGCGCCUGCCACUCAGGCGCCGCGCGUCAGGGAGUCCCCGGCGCCGCCCCUCCGUGGCCCCCACUGGCGGCGACGAGCGGCCCUGCUACUCUAGGACCUCCGUCAGGGGUCAGGCCGCAACGUAACGUUAGGCGCGGAACGCUCGGGGCAAAAGAGCACAGGUCUGCUCAUCCCCCACCCCAGCCGUUCACGCCUCAAGCGGUCUUUGCACCGGUGCGAAACGCCCAGAACUUUGUCCCCACAGGGUCAGACACCGCCCGCCCCACUUCAUGUUCAGCCCCAGAUCGGAGAACUUCGGACACCGACUCCGCGGAAGCCCAGGAGCUACACAGAACGGCGCCCAGGAGAGACGAAAAGAGGAAACACCGCGAAUCCCAACCACAAGCUCUUGUUUUCCCGGUGUUCGAAGGCGGGGAGAGGAGAGGAUGAGCCGGCCUCCAUGCUGUGCAUACUGGGACGAGUAGUUCCUGGCGCAGGGCUGGGUAAGAGCUCGGGCUGAGUGUGCAGCGGAGAACUACAAGUCCCGUGGUACCUCGCGGCAAAGGGAGAGGGGCCGGGUGGGAGGGGGCGCGCCGCGCUUGCGCAAAUCUGGGGGCCCGAGGGAGGCGGCGGCGCCGUGGUCCAACUGCUGAAGUCCCCAUGUGACAGAGCGCAGUUUCCCCCUUCCAAGCGCUGGUCGGCUCUGCUUCCCGGCUGCUAGCUCUGAACGCUGUUUCUGAACAAGGGGCGCCUAAGGGGUUCGGCAGGGGCGGGCGGCGGGGCGAGCGGGGCCAUGAACGGCUUCACGCCGGAGGAGAUGAGCCGCGGCGGGGACGCGGCCGCUGCUGUGGCCGCCGUGGUUGCCGCGGCUGCCGCUGCGGCUGCCGCCUCCGCCUCAACUGGGAACGGGAGCGGCGCGGGCUCCGGGGCAGAGGUGCCGGGCGCCGGCGCAGUGCCGGCAGCGGGGCCCCCGGGGGCGGCCGGGCCGGGCGCGGGACAGUUGUGCUGUCUGCGGGAGGACGGUGAGCGCUGCGGCCGCGCGGCGGGCAACGCCAGCUUCAGCAAGAGGAUCCAGAAGAGCAUCUCCCAGAAGAAGGUGAAGAUCGAGCUGGACAAGAGUGCAAGGCAUCUUUACAUAUGUGAUUAUCAUAAAAACUUAAUUCAGAGCGUUCGAAACAGAAGAAAGAGAAAAGGAAGUGAUGAUGAUGGAGGUGAUUCACCUGUUCAAGAUAUUGAUACUCCAGAGGUUGAUUUAUACCAAUUACAAGUAAAUACACUUAGGAGGUACAAAAGACACUUCAAGCUACCAACCAGACCAGGACUUAAUAAAGCACAACUUGUUGAGUUGGUUGUCACUUUAGGUCUAUUCCAGUGAAUGAAAAGGACACCUUAACAUAUUUCAUCUACUCAGUGAAGAGUGACAAGAACAAGUCAGAUCUCAAGGUUGAUAGUGGCGUUCACUAGGAGGGCUGAGUGGAGACUCAGAUUUUGAUGUUAAUCCUGGUUACUGUUUUUCACAUGUAGAAAUGUUCCUUGUGUAUUUUUUCUACAGAGGGUUUUCUCUGGUUUUAUUUUCUUUGUUUCUGAUUAGUUGGAAACUCAUAGAAAAUGAGCUUUCCCAGAUUAAACUAUUUUAAAUAAAGGGUUAUUACUAUUA